CAGGCCCCCGUAGGCCUUGUGCAGGGCCUUACUGCACCGCCACUGGGCUACAUAUAUACAUCACCCAUACCACAUUCAGGAGCGCAACAGCUCCGAACAAGAUUUCACUCCCAGAAUCUGAGCUUCCGGCAUCUUCUACACCCGCCUAUCCAGCUCGCUCGCCUGAGCGUCGCAACCCUCUGAGCAGCCUCCAGCGACCAUGUCCGGACGCGGCAAGGGCGGCAAGGGCCUGGGCAAGGGCGGUGCCAAGCGUCACCGCAAGGUGCUCCGCGACAACAUUCAGGGCAUUACCAAGCCCGCUAUUCGCCGUCUGGCUCGCCGUGGCGGUGUGAAGCGCAUCAGCGGCCUGAUCUACGAGGAGACGCGCACCGUGCUGAAGACUUUCCUGGAGAACGUUAUCCGCGACUCGGUCACUUACACAGAGCACGCCCGCCGCAAGACCGUCACCGCCAUGGACGUGGUCUACGCGCUCAAGCGCCAGGGCCGCACCCUGUACGGCUUCGGCGGCUAAGCCGGCGGCUGGAAAGCUGCUGGUGCCGCCGUGAGUGAGGGAAUCUGCUGCUACAGCGGCGCUGGGCUGAGCUGCAGCUGCUGGGAGGCGGAGCUCUCAUCAACGGACGGCAACCCCCUCAACCAAAAAACAAACCCGGUGUUUAUCAACACCACCAACCAUGUUGCGAGGUGUGGGUCGUGGGGUGGUGCGAUGCUUGGGGCGGUGCGCCUUGUUGGGAGGUGCAGCCUUGAUACCGAACGCGGUCAUGCUGCUGAAUGCGAACAGACAGCGCGGGAUGCGGGGAUAGCACUUGCUCGGGGUAG